AUGUCGUUCCUAGUGUUCUAUUUGAAGAAGAUUUUUGCUCGACGUGCUUCUGUUGUACAGCAACCUGGUUUGUAUUAUCUUAGUAUCUUAAUAUAUUCUAUCAUAUUGAACGGUGCUUCUACUGGUGCUGUGAAAUAUGGCCGACUUCCUGCUCAAGCCAAAUCCCAAGCCAAAGUUGCUAGCCCUGUACCAUCUUUCCUCUCACUAUCUAACUGUGGCUAUUUCUGCAAAUCUUCGGAUACACUCUCCCGUCACUAUAAGAUGAAGCACCCUAGGAUUUUCAAAGAGAACCAUCAUUGUCAUAUCUGUGGUGCAUAUUUCCUUACCGAAUCAAGGAAACGACCAUUAGCU